ACAGGAACUUCCUGCUCCGGACAGAAGAGCAGGUUUUUGUCAGCUGGUCUCUGCGACUCUCUAGCUACGUCAACUAUCUAUCAGGACAACAAGAAGUUAACUUUGGUCACUAAUCACCAACAGCAACUUUUAAGAUGAGUGGUCUGGACCGGGACUCUACGGCACUGAGUUGACAGACUUUAAGCAAGAGUCAGCCUCAGCCGCGCCGUCGCCCAGCCUCAUGAACGGGGAGAGUUUUAUUGUCCUAGCUUGCUGGCUAACGUUAGCAAUUUGAGUUACCGACAUGGCUACUAGAGAGGUAUCUUUUCGGCAGAAAUACCGUCGCCCACCGGCGAGCAUAAAGCAGGAGCAGGAUGACGACUCGGACGUGGAGGAGACUCACCUGGUGCUGAGGAGGACGGACGGGCUGGAGUCUCAGAUCAUCCACAGCGGACACUUCAUGGUGUCCUCGCCCCACAGCGAGCACCCCCCAAAGAAAGGCUACGACUUCGACACUGUCAACAAACAGACCUGUCAGACCUACCAUUUCGGCAAGGCGAGCACGUCACACCUCUCAAUAGACGCCUCACUGACCAAACUCUUUGAGUGCAUGACUCUGGCGUACAGUGGUAAGUUGGUAUCUCCCAAGUGGAAGAACUUCAAAGGUCUAAAGCUGCUUUGGAGAGACAAGAUCCGCCUCAACAACGCCAUAUGGAGAGCGUGGUAUAUGCAAUAUGUGGAGAAAAGGGAGAAUCCUGUUUGUCACUUUGUCACUCCCCUCGAUGGAAGUAUGGACUUGGAUGUCCAUCGUCCUGCAGAGGCCAUUGCCACAGAGGGGAAAUGCUGGAAAAGAAGAAUUGAAAUUGUCAUUAGAGAAUAUCACAAGUGGAGAACAUACUUCAAGAAAAGAUUACAGAAGCACAAGGACGAUGACCUCUCAAGCUUGCUGAAGGGGCCAGAGGAGCAGUUAUCACUGUUUGGGGAAGUCUCUCCAGACAUGCUCCGUGUCUCCUUUUGGCAGGAUGAAGAGGCUGCUGCACGCCGUGUGCCUCGCAAGCAUAACGACACGCCCGCACCUAUGGAGAUGGAUACGCUCUUUGACAUGGAUGUUUUGAUGUCUGAGUUUUCAGACACAUUGUUCUCCACGUUGGCCUCACACCAGCCCAUAGCCUGGCCCAAUCCAAGGGAAAUUGCUCAUGCAGGGAACGCAGACAUGAUCCAGCCAGGACUCAUCCCCUUACAACCCAACCUAGACUUCAUCGUGGACUCCUUUGAUCCACUGCAAGACUUAUUUCACAGCCUCCGUCAGCCCGUCUACCCCUCUGUCUCCCCCACUGCAUCAUCUGUCACCCCUCUAUCCAGCAGCAGCUCUCAGUCACAGGCCCAGUUAAUGUCCUCCAUGCACCUCACAACCAACAUGUCCCCUCCUGGCCCCCUUCCCAUCCCCUCUCCCAUGGACAGUCAAACCAGUCGAACAGGUGGUGGCGAUGCUGCCUACGUUCAAAACUACAUGCCUCUGUUUCCUGGGCAGGUGGCACCCAGUGAUCAAGCAGUAGUUUCCACAGUUCCUCAACCAUUAUCCCAUGAUCCUCUGGCGCAGUGCCUACCGGGUCAGGACAUGGCUUCAGCAGCGUCCAUGGUCCCCUCUCCCUUGAACAACACCUCUGCGCUGGAUGAGACCGUACCACCAUCCGUGAUUACACACACAGCCUCCUCAACCAUCACACCCAGCGACGCAGCCACCACCUUCAGCCAAGCCUCCGAGUACUGUUCCAUAUCUACACAAUCUCCACCUCCUCCGUCCCAACUCCAAACCAUGACUCCUUCGCCUGCCACUCCCGUACAGCACCAUCAGACUUUUGCCCUGCCUCGCCCCUUUCAGUCGUCCAGUGCCAACAAAAACCGCCCCGUGCAAAGGAUUGCUCCAGCUAACCCCCUCCCCUCCUCCCAAUUCAUCCUUACAGCCCCUUUCCCAGGUCAUGCCAAUGCUGUGAUUGUUACACCAACACCUCUGAAAGCAGAUGUGGUCCCUAAUACUGGAGUGGUCAUCACUUCGUCUCAUCUCGGAGGGGUAUCUCAGGCUCCUGGAUUUCAUGUUGUAUCUCAGACACAGAAGUCUCCCCAGCCGAUUGUCCCCAAAGAAAAGUCUUAUUCUUCCCUCCGCAAAAAUCAGAAAGCCUCCUCUAGUGUCGUUCACAGUCAGCCAGGAUCAGGUCAAGGGUCACCGUGUGUGUUAGAUCAAGUUCCUAGUCCGCAGUCACUUAUCAGCAGCAGUACAGCUCUGGUAAAGAACGAACAAAAUCAGAGCCGGAGGACAACAUACAUAUCUGCUGAGCAAAAGAGACGAUCAAACAUCAACAUUGGCUUUAAAACACUCUGCAACCUGGUUCCCACUCUGAAGCCCCAAUCAAAUAUCAGUUAUGCAGUCACAAUGCAGAAGACAGUGGAGCAUAUUGGGAAGCUCCAGCAGGAGAGGCAGCAGAUGCAGGAAGAGGUUAAAAGACUUCGAGAGGAGAUAGAGGAGCUCAACACCUCCAUUAACUUGUGUCAGCAACAGCUGCCUGCAACAGGGGUGCCCGUCAGACGACAAGGCAUCGACCACAUGCAAGAGAAGUUCAAUGAAUAUGUAAAGAGCCGCACUCUUCAGAACUGGAAGUUCUGGAUUUUCAGUAUCAUUAUGAAGCCUCUUUUUGAAACAUUCAAUGGGAUGGUGUCAACCACAAGCAGAGCAGAGCUGUGUCAGACCACAUUACAAUGGCUUGAUCGUCACUGUUCCCUUCCGGUGCUCAGACCCAUGGUGCUGAGUACUCUUCGCCAGCUGAGUACAACAACGUCCAUUCUCAGUGAUCCAUCCCUGCUGCCUGAAGAAGCCAUCAAGGCUGUUACACACACAGAUGCAUAGCAUGCUCUCAGAGGAGGUGAGGUGACCUAAAAGCCACCUGAACCUUUUAACAGCAAUCACCAAAGUGACAUAUCACUUCUUUACCUUAAAGCCAUUCAGCAAGGUCACCAGGUCUUCCACAGAUCCACUACUUCCCUGAAAAAUAAAUGGAAUGAUGAAUGCAGGCAAAUUCUGGCUUACUUUUACUCGGCAUGUACGAUGGUCAUACAUUUGUUCUGUUGUACGCUGAUUCUUGGGAAUGAUGCACACAGGGAGCCUUACCUCUCACAUUUCUAACAAUUGUGCUAAAAUGGGUUUUAUUUUCAUAUUAUAUUUGAAUGACAGCAGCUACUACUACCUUCACCCGCUUUAGGUGAAGAUCUUCCAAAUACUUUAUGGGAAGAUGGUACUUGUGGUUUGCUUCUUGAGCAACAUUAUGUUAAAAAGGGAAAUAUUGAGUGAUUGUUCAUGUUGUGUUCUCUCUCAGAUGUAUAAUAAGUACAUGGACAUGAUGCUUUUAUCACAAAGGGAGGAGAUGAAUGUAGGGUUAUUUUAGGAACAGUCUGCUGUAUAGUUUGCAUUUUAUUGAGGCUCUGAAACCUCCCAGAAAGGCUUCACACCAGAAUGUAGGGGGAUCACCUGGAACAUGGCCAAGUUGAUCACAGGUGGGCUCAUCUAUACCCUAAUCAAUACCAGAGAGGUGAGAGCUUUUAUCAUCUUUCCCACCCUUCAUUUACUCAGGUGAAAGUUGUUUUGCCAGUUAACAGUAGUGGUGUCCUGGUGGUUUUCCAUCCAUGCUGAACUUCCUCCUUCAUACUUUGCUUGCUCUGCCCAUUUCGAGUGAGUUUAACUGCAGAUUUCACAAGAAAGCAGUCACUUUACAUACAUGGGUUUCUGUUGGGCAGAUCACAGCAUAAUGGAGCAGUAUUACAGCCCUCAUAGGGAGCAUAACUGAAAUAGUACGUAGUAGAUAUAUGCUAUAUUCACAUGUACAGUGUUAUAAGAUCUUAAUGCACAGAAGCUGUAGCUGUCUUUUCUGUUCUUCACUAGUCACUCAGGGCUAUUAUUUUCCAUUCAGCUAUGAACAAAUCAAUCUCAGCAGGAAGACACAGGUUACAGGUCACAUCACAUGGUCUGAUUUGCCCUUUUUUUCCCCAAUGUAUAAUUACGCUAAUUUCUAAUGUGUGUCAAUGGAAGACCUGUGAGUAAACAGUCUGCCAAGUCAAGACACAGCACACAUUAGAAAACCAAAAGCCAUAUCAAAGCGUAGUUUACCCAUCCCGUUCGUUCCUUUGUUGCGUUACUGAUGUAAUAUUUGACGGAGCACUUUGCUCUGUCGACGGCUAAAGAAUUAGACACAGUGCAGGUUAGUCAGCAUGUGGGACACACAUCAGCCUCAAGGUCUAAGUGCCCUUACCUGUGAUCUCUGCUGGCUGAUUUCCUUUAAUUGUUUUUUGUUUGUUGUUUAAUUUGUGGUUCAGCACUCCUCAGGCAGAUGUAGAUUUUCUGAGCAACUUAUUUUACUCUUGAGUUUUACAGGAGUGUAAGGCACCACUUUUAUUUGAUGAAUGUGCAGCUUUUUGUGUGCAGUCUUCUUAUUGUGAAGUGUCUCUUGAGAUUUUCCUUUUUCAAUUUACAGUCAGACAGAGAAAGCAGCUGUCAAAAUUUAACUCUUACAAACAGUGCAAACAGUGAAAUGUUGAGAGCUCACAUGUACCCAGAAUUAUUUAUUACUACUGUAAGAAAGUUAAAAUGCACCUCCAAAUGCAGCUAUGGUUGUCAUGAUUGAAAAUGAAGAUUUUUGUUUUGACUUUUUUGUGAUUGUUUUCUCCCCUUCAAACUAAAAAUGAAGAUAUGAUUUAAUUUUUUAGUGUAUGACAAAAACCCUCAAUCUUCUACUGCAGCUUGGCAUUUGUGUGAUGAUUUUUUUUUUCUUUUUUUUUAAUUAUCCAAUGAUUUUAAAAUGUUUGUCAUACCAGGUUGGAUUUCCAGCUUCUUGUUUGCUGUUUUUGUGAGGUGAUUUUGUACCAAAUGGUGUACAGUAUAUCACUGCAGAUUGGUUCUCCCCAAAUUUAGUAUUGUAUUUCAUUUGUUUUAAUAAGUAAAGAUAUUUUCUUAUGCUGCA